CAGCGCUUCCUGCGGCUUGUAUAUUCAUCUGAUAAAAAUCUUAAAGAAGCUGAGGAGCUGGCUAUGAUGAAAAAAGUAUUGGAACCCAAACUAAUACAAGAAAACAACAUUGCUACUCUUCAGAACACUCAAAAAAAUAUAAAUUGUCUUGGAGAUGGCAAAAGAACACCUGUUGGUCAGAAUACUCCAAGUGAAGCUGUUCAGAAAGAAGUCGCUUGCUCAUCUUGUAUUGAAGAGGAAAUGCCAGAAGUAGUUGUUGAUGCAGAAAGCAACAAAGCUAUUGCAGGUGUUUCCAAACUAGAAACUGCAUCUGUGUUAGGAGAAGACUUAAUGAUGCUCUACAAAAAGUGCUGCUGUCCAGAUAUUAAUAUUUGCAUAGAAGGCAAAGAUUUUCAAGCUCACAGGGCCAUUUUAUGUGCCAGAUCUAGUUACUUUGCUGCUAUGCUGAGUGGAAGUUGGGCUGAAAGCUCCCAAGAGCACAUCACUCUUCAAGGCAUAAGCCACGUAGAAAUGAGUGUCAUCUUGCAUUUUAUAUAUGGAGGUAUUCUGGACUUCCCAGACAAAGUUGAUGUUGGUCGCAUGUUGGGCAUUGCAGAUAUGUAUGGGCUAGAUGGGCUGAAAGAAGUAGCUAUCUACAUUCUGAAAAGAGAUUACUGCAAUUUUUUCCAAAAGCCUGUUCCUGGAAAACAGCAACCUGUACUAGAAUGCAUGGCUAUUGCUCAUUCAUUGGGAGUCGAAAACCUAUAUGCUGCUUGCAUGAAAUGGGUAGGAAAACAUUUUGCAAGAUGUUUGUCAGAGAGGAGCUUUGCCAGUUUACCUACUGAACUUCAGAACAACUGUCUUGUUAUGUUGAUUAACUCUUUGAACCAUAAGAAUGCUGCUUUCUUUUUGAUGGAGACUGACCGGCUGAUCAAUAGUCUUCCCCAAGUGAAAUGGACAGAGACAGCUGUGGCCUUGGCGUCUAGGCUACAAGAAGAAUGUGUAACAUUUAUUGUGGCAAACUUCCUACACAUAGUACAAAGUGAAGGCUUCUCUAUUCUGUUGCAGGCACAGGCAAUGAGCAGCAAACCUGACCUUCUAGAAGUAAUUUUUAAUGCAAUUGAAAAAAGUAUUAAUAAUGAAAAUAGCUGCUUUCUUCUUGUAGCUGUAGAUACAUUGUUGGACUCCACAAAUGUGAAGGAGAUGGGUUUUACGUGCAAGAUCCAGGCUCUGCGUGAUAAGCUCUGGGUCUUCCUGGUUCAGUCUUUUUAUGCUGUUCGUCACACAGAAAGCUGGAAGCUGAUGAGGCCAGACUAUCAACAUAAAAUACAAGCAGCUGCAUUUGACAAGGGUGAUGACCGAAGACUUGGCAAAAAACCUGUAUUCACUAGUUCUCAGCUAAAUAAAUCUAUUACUGAAUCUGUUGGUAUAAGGAAUACUUCCUGGACAGAACACAGCAAGAAAGAUUGCUGGGGAGAUUCUUCCACUAAUCAGGAUAAAAUGAAAUCUGAUGGAUUAGGAGCAUCUGGACAUACAUCCAGCACCAAUAGAAACAGUGCUAAUAAGGCUUCAAAGCAUGAGGAUGUAAAGGGGAAAGAUGGCAAAAAACUAGGUUCCAAGAUUACUAAGGAUUCCAAACCUGGGGAAAAAGCUGCUUCACCAAAGGCUAGAGCUGUUAUAAAGACAAAACCAGAAAAUAAUGGAAAUGUGAAGGCUGAAAGCAUGCUUACCAAGCAAGAUACAGAAAAGACAUCAUCUACAAGUGGACAAAAAAAUUCAGGAAGUGGCAAAGGACUAAAGAACCAUGAAGGAAAAACUGCAGGUGCCAGACCUAAAGUGCUGACAGUAACCUCAAGCGUGCAGAUCAAAACAAAACCUGUGAAAAAAACCACAGGGAAGGAAUCUCCCUCCUUAAUGACUGUGGCAGGAACUUCCAGCAAGUCAGCAAACUCAAACAUAGAUAUCCAGACUGCCAGUGAACAGACAGAGGAACCCAAAGAGGAUAAAUUGGUAGAGGAAGGGAAAAAACAAACUGUAGUGAAAACAAAGUCAUCUGUGAAGACAUCAAAUGGAGUCACCAACAAAAAAAAAAAGACUGAUCUUGAGGCUAAUGUCACAACAAGCAGUCUCACAAAAAAAUCAGCUGGAAAAGGGUGUAAUGAACAAAAUACACAAGCUAUUCUAAAGAAAAAAGGGAAUGCGAGUAGCAAUUCUGCAGCACAACAAAAGGCUCAAAACACAUCUGCUAGUUCUCCCAAGAACCAAGGACCUCAGGGGGAAUCACCAAAUUCGCUGAAAUCAGGAACAUCUCCAAAACAUAAUGAAGAAAAAAAUGUGUUACAACAUCUGGUUCAGACAACACUCCCAGAAAAACAUCCUUCAGCCAAGAAGAAGAGUAGUAAGCAGUCACAAACACCUGUAGCAAAAGCCACUGCAAAAAUAACAUCUAAAACUCUGGGUCCACCAAAGCAUGCUGAUACUACAAAUAAUAAAGACACAAAACUGAAAACAGCUGGGCAAUCUGUAUUAAAAUCUCAAACGUCUGCCCAAAAACAUUCAAGGAGUGAAUCUCCUGUUGUCCAGAAGAAUAUGCAAACCUCUGAGCACAGAAGUUCAGGACACAAACUUGAAAAAAACAUGGCUGAUGCUGUGGCAGAUCAGCUUCACGACAAUAAUGAAUGCUAUUCUGCAAAUCAAAGUGAAUCUUUAAAAUCUGUGAUGGAAAGUAGCAGUGAAGAUAAACUGCUGGCAUCCUGUCAACCCAAUAAACAAAAAUUAUCAGAUCCUUCUGAAAAUGUGGAAUACAAAAUACAAUCUGAAUCUUCUCCUCUCAUUACAGAAGAAACUAUUUCUGAACCGCACGUUUCACUGCAAAAUGAAAUGGAAGUAAGACAAAUCUGUGGAGAUCAAACUGGAAUUAAACAGACUGAAGAUACAGAAAAAAAUUAUAAUACAGCUGAAUUUCAUUGUUAUGCACAGUCUUCCAGUGAUGGAUACUCAGACUUUUCCAAGGAAACCAAUCAGAAGGCUGCUGCUUCAGGAGAACUGGUGAAACAUUCAAAAGCAACAAAAGUCUGUACUGAACAAAGUGAUAAAUUAAACUCUGAAACAGGUCUUAACUAUGAUGAAAAUGCUUUACUAAGCUUUUCUGGAACGAUAACCAAUAAAGAGGAUGAGAUAUCAUCUCCUCAGGUUCAUAUGGAGGGAUUUCUUACAGCUGAUCUGCUGUGUGAUACAUCAGCUUUGACUGAAUACAAAUCAGUUACAGCAGAUUUAGAUGAUGUUUCAGAAUGUUCCACAGAACAAAUAACAGAAAAAUAUUCACCCAGUUACACAGAGCCUAUAGAUCCUACCGAAAUGCCAGAAAACCAUGAAAAUGCAGAAAUUCCCUUUGUGGACCGCUGGAGUACUGGUGCACUAGAUCCAAAAGAGAGUCCUGAAUCAGAUACUGGCAGUGCAACGACAUCCUCUGAUGAUAUAAAACCAAGAUCAGAAGAUUAUGAUGCUGGAGGCUCUCAGGAUGAUGAAGGAUCCAAUGAAAGAGGUAUUUCUAAAUGCAGCACUAUGUUAUGCCACGAUUUUCUUGGAAGAAGCAGCAGUGACACAAGUACACCUGAGGAAUUAAAAAUUUAUGACAGCAGCCUAAGAAUAGAAGUGAAAAUGAAAAAAGAGGGUUCUGAUCUCUUUCGUGUUAACUCAACAAGUGAUGAUGAAAUACCAAGAAAAAGACCUGAAAUUUGGUCCCAUCAAGAAAGUGCAAGGACCAAUACCAGAGAAAGCAAAAGUUCUGCUUUUGGUAACACUCAGUUCACUCAGGAAGCAGACCAAGUUUCUUCUUCUGCUGAUGAAACAGAAGAUGACAGAUCUGAAGCAGAGAAUGUUGCAGAAAACUUUACUCCAUCAAAUGUUCCUACUCAGCAGUUCCAAGGAAUUGAUAAUUUAGCUUUUGAAGAUGCAACAGAAAAUGAUACUGCAAAUCAAGAGUUUUCUAAAACUAAAAAUUUCAAACGAUCUGUUUUACUUUCAGUAGAUGAAUGCGAAGAAUUGGGAUCUGAUGAUAGAGUGGAAACUCAUACAUCACGUCACCAUUCAAUAGAUUCUAUUACUCCUUCAGAAGUAUUUGACAGUGUUUCUCAAGAGCACCAUGGAAAGACUUUUUAUUCAAGAUACUCAUUGGAAAUUGAAGAGGGACUCCUGGAUUGCAAACAGCACAAGGAUAGAGACAAUAGAUCAGAUAAAAUUGAAAGUUCUCUCCUACAUCCUCAUGGCAGUGAAAUUGCAGGGAAGGAGAAUCAAGGUACUUCAGUGACUGAACAAAAGUGCUCAGAGAAAGUAUAUUCAGCAGCUAGUCCAUGUCCAGGAGAAAAACAAAAAGUAAAUAUGAAGAAUGAGGUGGCUAGUGAAUUUCACCAGUGCAAUAAAUACUUAGACAGCGAUGCAAAAUCUCAAGAAAGACCAUGUCAUUUGGAUCUUCAUCAGAGAGAAGCUAAUUCUGAUGUGCAAAAGAGCAGCUCUACAAAACCUGUAGAAGCCAGUAAGAAUCAGAUACUGACUCAGGAAGGUCAAGUGAGAGACAGUCAACCAGCAACUACUGAAUGCGCUAAUACUGAUUUACUUCCAGGAGACAUAGAUGAUUAUGACACAAUGGCACAAACCUGCAUGUAUGAGCAUCGGCCUUCAAAAACCCUUUCUCCAAUAUAUGAGAUGGAUGUUGGAGAAGCAAUUGAGCAGAGGAUGGAUUCAGAAACAGCAGUUCUAGAUGUGGAUUUUGAAGAUCAGCAGUUUGCAGAACAGGACUGGACUCUCCUCAGGCAAUUGUUAUCUGAGCAGGACUCAAAUAUAGGUUUCAAAAACUCUGUUCCUGAAGACAUUAACUUAGCACAAUGUCUUAUCAAUCAGACACUGUUUCUGGCACGAGAUGGUUCGAAUCCUCAGGGUACAUCACAAGUUGACACAUUCAGUAGGUGGACUGAACUUAUGUCUCCACUUGAUGAUUCCUCAGCAAGCAUUACAGUGGCAAGCUUUUCAUCUGAAGACUGUUCGUCCCCUCAAGGGGAAUGGACAAUUCUUGAACUAGAAACUCAUCAUUAAGGUGAUCAACUGUUUGCAACUGAACUCCAUCCCAUUCCCCAAAUCUAUUUUUGAUGAGUUGUUUCCAUACAAUACUGAAAUACUGAUCAGUCAAGGACAAGCAAUUCUUGGUACUGAGGCAAUCUUUCUGAUAUAAUGAGGUAAAUAUGUUAAUUUAUAAUCUAGAUUUAAUCACAAUUACAAUAAUUUUUCAAGACUUAAAUGUAUGUCUUUUCUAAAAAUGAACUUUGAGCAUGUAUUUUCUAGAAUUGUUAGAAAAAUUAGAUGACAUGAAAGAAGAAUUUUGGUUUCCACCCUCCCUUUUAUCUUCCUUUCUGAUUUAAUGUUCUCAUUGAGCAAGAAUUUAAAGAUGACUGCACAUUAGUAGAGCUAUUCCUCUCCUUUUUUUUUCCCCGCUCUCUAUAUGGUGACUUCAUUUUACAACAAUAAAGAUUCAGAAUGGUUGUGUCGAAAGGUGAUGUGUGCCAACACUGCUUUAAAUGAUGGAAGCAUAUACUUAUGUUCAAAGAAAAUGUUUCAACAUGAAUCUGCCUUGGGCCUUAUUAAUAUGAGCAGCUUGUUUCAUAUGUUUCUUCCAGAUUUGAUUUUUUGUAUUUUUGGCUUGUUUCGUUCAGAAGUUUCCAAUAAAUUUUUUUCAUUGUCUUUCCUUUAAAUAUAAAAUUUCAGAACGUGUGUGCUACAGGAAGAGCACUGUUUCUUUCUUGGAAAUGCACAUAUUUAAGUAAAUCUUUUAAUGGCAUAGUGCAUGAAUUCAGAGUUGGUAGAAUGAUGCUCCUGUUCUAAAAAACAGUAUGUCUAAUGUCUCCAAAAGUUUAUCUCAGUCUGUAGCUGUGGUUAGUGUUGUAUCAGAAGUCUGACAUGGACUAGAAUUACUUUCAGGCUUCAGUACCUUAUAUUUGCACUUCUGAUGCUGUCUGAGGCAUAGCAAGAGUCUCAGAAAUUUGGUUUUGUUUGUUUUCAUUGAUGCUACAUUUUUGGAGCAGUAACAGCAUUCUACCUCUAGUGGAGCUUUUAUAUUGAGACUAAACGCCAACAUAACCAUUCUUCUGACUAAGACUGAAAUAAGAUAUACUUCUCAGUACUGUUCAUUCUGCUGCUGCUUUUGGCUGUUAAUUUGGGUGUGGAUAGGACUAUUUAUUGUCUUUUCUGAUUUGAUGGGGAGGGAGUAAGAAAAUAUUUGUAAUUCUUACAAAGUAAGAACUCCUCCUGAAACAUACAGGUUUUGUUCCCUGCAAAGGUUAGGCCCUCUAAGAUAUCUGCAUUACAGAAGUAGCAGGGCUUGUCAUUCCCACAACUUAAAAUCUAAGCAGGAAGUAUUCUACCUCCUCUUAGUCAUUAACAGAAGUGCCUUCAGAAGUGGGUGCCACAUGGCAGUAAAAAGCUACUAACAUUUUUGUUGUUAAAAUUAUUUAAGUGCAAAACUUAAGAUGGUUGUAACCACUGAUAACAAGGGUCAGUUUUGCAAGCUUUUUCACAAUUCCAACAGUGCAACUUAAUUUUCUUAAGAAAUGUCAUUUAUUUUUGUUUGUAGUUAGAAACUCUCAGUUCUGUGAAAAUAUGAAGUUGCCCCAGCAUAUGACUAAAGAAUUUAUGACUUAUCUUGUCUUUGGACUUGAUGUAACAAAGAGCUCUGAGGCAAAAUAAUUUAUCUAGAAAGCCACUUUGUUGAACUUCUGCUACAGAAAUAAAAGUGAUGUUUGAUUUUCCCCAAAAUAAAUGGAGGAAGAAUUUUAUCUCAUUCUUUAAUAUCAAGGCAGGAAAAAAAAAAAAAGAAAGCCUUCCUUUCUCUUUAUGUCAGUGAAGAAAUAGGACUCUAAACUCAGGGAAGGAAGAUGUUCAGUAUCAUAAUAAAAAUCUCUCUCCUACUCUUAACUUUCAGGAGCAUAAGUAGUCUGAGAUACCAUAAUUAAAAAUGUUUUAAAUGUAAUAUAUUUAUCCCAGUCCAUAUUGAGGGAGUUAGAACUUAUAGAAGUGGAAGUCAUCAAGAAAACCUAUUUUUCAUCUUCAAGUUUAUAAGGUAUAUUGACAGCAGAUAAUCUUUUGGAUAAAUGAAACAACUAUAGCAUUAGCCAUAGUAAAAGAUGAAACUCUAGAGAAGCUCUUACCGAAGGCUGAGGAAUGGUGUUUUCUCAAUUUCUGUGUAAAACACUAAAGUAAAAGUUGUUUACAAUAAAGUUUAAUCAACUUCCAAAUCCUGAUGAUAUUCUGGUAGUGGGCAUUCACAUGUUAAACAAAAUUAAAUGAUCAAAAGAAGAUAAAGGAUUAGGAAAAGUAACAUAGUGAGACUUGCUUUUGUCUAUUUUUUGCUUUACCCACAUUUUUAACUUCUUGCUGAAUUGAAAAAGUAACACUGAAAAGUGGCAUACAAAGUUCCAUGUUUGUUAUAUGAAAUACAGUCACGUAUAGGGAUUUUUUAACUAUUUUUAGUUUGAAUUUACUUUUCCAGUUGUAUGAAAAUUAAAUUAGCUUCUCUCUUCAAGUCCCCAGUUAUGUUGUUGCAAAUCCUUUAACAGUUUUGCAGUAGACCAGUGAUCAGGAUUUGGUGUAUUGUUCACUUGGUACAUAUGCAGCCAUAGAAUUCAGUUUCCCACAGCCAGAUAGUGUCUGUAGAAGUAGCAGGAAUAGAAAGUGGUAUUGUUUUUAAUUUGCGUUACCAGAGUGCCUGUGAGGCUUAAUCAGACCAGCAUCUCACUGGCUAGACAUUGUACAAACAGAGAACAACAACAAAGACUUCUCACAGAGUGGUUAUAAUCCAAGUUAAGACAAAAGACAAAAAAACACAUGGAUGGAAAAGUAAAAUAAGAAAAAUAAGACUGUCAAUAUUUGUCUAGCUGAUUAGCAAUGGUUUCAGCAUACCACCAGUUUAGAUAUUAUUUUUUUCUCUGUAUGUGUUAUGAGAAGGGGAAAUCAGAGGGUGGGAUUUGGAGGCUGGAAAAUGAGGGAGCUGUAAGAAUCUAUAUUCCUGACGAGCCCUGUUCAUGACCAACCAUCUGUUCCUUGUUUGACCUUGUUUAGCAGUCCCUCCUCAUUCAAGAGGAUGUUCAAGCGUUAGGCACAUGUAGGUGGCUAUCUGUUCAGUAGUAUCAGUCACUUGAGUUCUCUGGAGCCCUGCUCAUGUCUCCUGACAGUGAUUUUGCCACUGUAUUGGCCUCUUCUCCAAAAUAUGAGAGAAUGGACAAAGGUUUGUUUGAAAACUUCAUAUAGAAACAAUCAAAGCUAGUGUCAUGGGCUCCAAAUGAAUAGUGAUUAAGAGGUCCCAAAUGACCCCUAAAGUAAAGACAAGGUAUGUACAUGUGAUGAAACAGUGAAAGGGCAUCACUGAAGAAGCAAAAGAAAGAGAUGGCAUAGUCAAAAUAAUGUCUAAGAAUUUACCUUUGCCGUAGUGUUUUGAAUGAGUAAGAGCAAUGAAAUUGCUUUAUCAAAGCCUGAGAAGACAGUGUUGCAGUCAACAGGUGAUCCUGACAGCUUACAUGAGAUUGUUAUGUGAAUGGGUAAAGAUAUCUGUAUCCUACAGGUAGUAACAAGAAAUUUAGUGAAAUAUCAGUGAAAGUUAGAGGAGAGGACUUGGAAGUCAGAGUUUAUAAUGACAUGUUAUGAAAGUCAAAAAUAAGGGUGUUUUAUGUGUAUGGAUAUAUUGUUUAAAAUAGGCUAGACCUCCAAAAGGUGAUGUCAAUAGGCAUAAUUUUUUUUCUUGAAAAAUUAGAGUCUAGUCUGAACUGAAGAAGCAGCUCUGCAGGUUUUUCACAUAUAGAUGCUAGCUAACAUAGUAUUUGUGAAAUAAAUCACUAACACAUAUAUUGCAAAGGGAGAAGAGAAGGAAAUGGAGGCCCAAACACCUGGAACCCUAGAGGAAAGUGGAGGUUCUUCCGAAUGAUCUGCUCAAAAAAAAAACAGUUAGGGAAGCAAAGGGAAUAAAGAUGGUGACAGGAGUCAAGUGAGGAUGAUGAUGAAAGGAUAUAAAGAAAAAUACACCACUGGCUUCACUGAAGAUGGCCCACAAGACAGCUGAUAUAAAAUAGCACUUUUGAGGCUAGUUAAGAACACGUUCUUAGGGACUGUGAUCAAAAUGAGAUAUUGGCUUCCUCAGAAUGAAAGGCAGGCAGAAGCCAGUUUGGUGGAGUAUGACAAUUGAAGGAAGGAAACUAAGCUUAACCAUUAAGAGAGAUGCAACAGUUAGAAAAGCACAUCAGUUAAGAAUGUAUUUUGGUUUGUUUUUUAAAGGCAUAAGAUUAUACCAUGUUUAUAUAGUGUAGCAAAAGAAUUGAGACUGAGACCUAAGUGAAGAUCAGGAGUGAUAAGUAGGCAUGAAAUGAGAUCAGCAGGCAGUCUGAGCUGCUACCACAAGUGAUCAGAUAAGAGCAUAAGACAAACAUCUGCUUUUGUGGUAGAGGUAGUGGAGAGGGCACUCCAUAUAUUCAUCAUUUUUUCUCUUAGAAAAACUUGCUUGUGGAAUCAGAAUUACAUAAAAAACGCAGAAAAAUCACAACUACCAAAAAAUACAGGCUUUAAGGGACAUCCAUAGGUCUCUAGUUCAACCUCCUGCUAAAAGCAGGGGUAACUUCAAAGUUAGAACAGGUUGCUAAGGCUUUGUCAAGGUCCACAGCAUGUAAAAUGUAAAAAAGUCAGCAGGCAGGAACACAAUGCUCACAGGAAAUACUUAUCUGAGAUAAAAAUAUUCUCAUUAUAAUAAAACUACUCUGGAUACUGUUGGAAGAGUAGUAAUGAAAUACAAGAAAUAUGGGUUGCUUGCAAUACACUGAAGUUCUGGAUGGUAUGUGAUUGAACUGUACACAUUUAAUAAUCUUAUUCCACACUUUUUACAGUUUUAAAUUAUUUCAAAAUUACACUGAAUUUUUGAGUUUGCAAAUUUUAUUACUUUUUUGGAGGAACUAGUGGGCCAGAGAACUUCCCAUGUUUCUCACAAAGACUGUCCAUAGGAUCUGUUCCCCUAGUAUUGUCUAUCUCAGUUUCUUUCAGGGAAUAUUAAAAAAAAAAAUAAUUAAUGCAUCUGUUCAAGGUACCGAUUGUAGGAGACUGUUUCAAAACUCUGAAUAUAUAUUAUUGCCAUCUGGGAAAUAAUUAGUAGCGUGCUCAUCCUACUUUGUUCCAGAAAGUCUAAACUUUUGCAUGAAGGAAUUAAGAACUGCUGUUAUGUUGUUCAUCUGUUGCUCAGAACCAGGGCAUUUAAGAAGUCAUUAUUUCGCUUCCAUUAAUGUCAAAGGGAAAACUCCUGUUGACCUCAGCUGAAGCAGGUUAAGGGCUUACCUAUAUUAAAUGCAUGUACUAGAAAUGCUAUUUUUCCAAUAGAUCUAUUUCAUAGUUCUCUAGUUUUACUCUACUAAUAACAUUGUACAAUUGUAGAUGUGACAAAUUGCAGCUAGAAAGACUUCAAUUUAAAAGUCAUAAUUGUAUGCAUUCUGUUAAUAUUUCAUGACUGGGGUGAUUUAACAUCUGUACAUUGAUAGAUGACAUUCUUGCUGGGACUACACAGGAACUGAGAACAAAAGACAGAAUGAGACUAGCAGCUUUGUUACAGUGGAUGAUUCCGUGGAAAUGGGCUUUUGGCUUUGAAAUCCAAUACAAUUAGAAGCCUUAAUCUCUUGCAGAAAAUUCAUACUGGUUUUCAGCUCUAUCUCUCAAACACAAGCUAUACAUGCUAUUUUUUAAAAAUAAGCUUUAAUAUGUUCAAUUUUGAAAAAAAUACAGCUCAAAUCUGGUUUUUGGCUAAUUUAAAACCAAGCCUCCUAUUGACAACUACUGUGUGUGUUUAAGGAAAUUAAACCUGUAACAGAGAAAAGUGAUUUAUAUAAAAAGUGGAUAUAAAUUGUGGAUAAAUACUGACUUUGAUUAUUCUUUUUUUACCUUGGUAACUAA